GCUCAUGCAUUCAUCUUUCUUUCACAAGGCCAUUGGAAGCUCAUUUGGCUAUAAUACCUACUGAAUAAGCUUCCCACCUCGCAAUCUUCCCAUCUAUAAACUAUCAUAGCAGCCAUGUCAACCGACCCAUUGGUCAGAGGCCGCGUGAUUGGAGAUGUUGUUGACUCAUUCAACAAGUCAGUACCAAUUCGGAUUACAUAUAAUGGUAGGACAGUUGUUAAUGGAGCCGAAUUCAGGCCUUCGGCAAUUGCCAGCAGGCCAAGAGUGGACAUCGGAGGAGAUGAUUUCAGCAUAUUUUACACACUUGUGAUGGUGGAUCCAGAUGCUCCAAACCCUAGCCAUCCAACACAGAGAGAAUAUCUGCAUUGGUUGGUAACUGAUAUUCCUGCAGCAGAUGGUUUGGAUUUCGGCAGGGAGCUCAUAUGUUAUGAAAGGCCAAGCCCGACAUUUGGAAUCCAUCGCAUAGUGUUCAUUUUGUUCCGUCAACUUGGGAGAGACACAGUUUUUGCACCUGUCAUGAGGCACAAUUUCAUAACCAGGAAUUUCGCUCAGCAAUAUAAUCUAGGCUCACCCAUUGCUGCCAUGUAUUUCAACUGUCAGAGGGAGACAGGGUCCGGUGGGAGAAGGUUUAGGCCAGAAUAUGAAUGAUAAAGCAAAGCCAAUUACAUAUAACAAGGCGGAUAUAUGGCACGUGUAACUCCGUCAGAAGUAUAUAUGGUUGCCUGUCUACACGCUACAGGCAGUACUUAGAGCAUAACUUGUGGUAUUUACAUUAAAUAAACCAUCUAUGUGCACCUAUAAGUAAAAGUGAGAGCAUGCAUCUUAGCUUAUCUAAAGCUUGUAAUAGGCCAUGCAUCGUGUCGGAUCCCAAUAAAAAGUUGGGACAUAAUAUAUCUUCAGAA